AUGGAAACGUUAGGGUCGGAUCUAUUCAGCAUUCUGAGAGAGCUUCCUUCAGAGUUGGAAGAUUUGACUGAAGAUGAUCAAAAGUCUGAAGAUGACAUGUGCGAUAUUGUUUUUGAUGACUCUAUCGGGAUAAACCCAAUAAGAGAAGAUCGGGGACAAGCCAUGGGUGUGUGCGGUGAAUCGUUGCUUAAGGUCGACAAGGACUGUUUAGAUGAUGGCGUCUGUGGUUCAGAAUGCAUGCCAACCGAAACAGAACUGAACAGGAAUGAAACGGUGGGGAUAAGUAACACUGCGACGAUACCCCCGACGGUCGGGACGCAAAAACCUGUCACCUACGAUGGUCACGAAGACAUUAGGCAACAGGCUCUCGAGGAUCAACACGAGCCUCCAUCCAAACACGACUUUGAAAUGGACCAGAAACUCCUAGAAGAAACACUGGUCCGCACGUCUAGUCUUAUGGGUCAGGUACAUGUUAUGGGGAGCCGAGACAAAACAUAUGGUGGUUCUACUUCAGAUCAAGGCAUAAAUAUACAUACGUCUCGAGGUGCCCGCAAUAUUGUGCAUGUAACCCGGGAGACAGACAACGAAAAUGAUGGCAUAAUGGAGGAUCUUUUAGAGUUUGUUAAAAAUUCUGCGCACGAGGAGCUGGUGGACGAAUUCCCUGACCUAAAUGAGCCUGGAAAAGCCUCAUUGCUAAUCGACAAACGCAGUCAGCCACCUUACAUGGAUAUGGCCUGUCACGAUUUUGGCAAUAUUGACUUGGGAAAGGACCUGUCAAGACAGCUGACGCCGGACAUAACCCAUUGGGUAGAUCACUUGGCGAGCGAUAUGGAUAAUCCUGAGAUAACUGCAAUGGUGUUUGACAUUAAGGAGAUCUUACAGCGCCGCUGUAAUAGAAACGAGCAAUGCGCCUAUACGUCAUAUUUUUUCACAGAACUUUCCAGAGAUUUUACAGCUGGAAGAGUGGUUUAUUCAGAUGAUACUCUAUCCCUUAUCAUGGAUAUUCCUCAACUGCUGUCUUCGGACAAGGAGAAACGUGUCUACAUUGAGAUGUUACACAAAUUGUUCCAUCCGCGACAAGGUGAAACGAAUCUACAACACACCCUUUGUAUAUGCUGUCUUGUAUUAGUAAACAGCAACAAUCAGUUGAUGGCAAUGAGCGGUGGGCCUGCACAGAGGCAGGACAUGACAAAGGAAAAUGUAUUCCUACUUCAGCGAGAGGAUCAAGAAAACUUUUUCGACGUGCUGAAAGAAGUAGAUUAUGAAACCCAAGUCAUUAACGUGCAUGGCUGCAGCGUUGCACAAUUAAGCUACCGAAUUGAUUUUUCAAACUACGCAAUCGAAAAGAAUGCACUGACAUGUCGAUGGGAAGUAAGAAAACUCAAUGCACCUUCUCCCAACCUCUGUUUAUUGUGCCGGGCCAAUAAUCACAGCAUGUGUUUACAGCCGUGUGGUCAUCUCGGCGUGUGUGAGAUAUGCGCAGAAGGACUGAAGAAAUGCCCAUUCUGCCGGUCUGAUAUAACUGAAGCGGUUAAUUGUUUGUGA